AUUGCUAGAAUGGCUGGCUGGAAGGUGAAAGUAAAUGGAUGUUCGAGGCAUGAACUCUCGUUGGAAGAUACUUGCUAAUUUUUAUUUUUGAAGAUGAACCCUAACAGUCCUUUUCGUGGACAGCAGCCUGCUGUUUUCCAAGCACCUUCUAAUAGUUCUGUCGGAAUAUUUCAAGCUCAAACACCAUUUCGAUUUGGUCAGCCAUCACUGUUUGGACAGAGCAGUGGAGGACCUGUACAGAACCUUGGGUUUGCCCAGCCAUCCAGCUUUACUCAGCCUUCAGGAUUAAGCCAGGCCACUUCAGGGCAAGCUGUGGGAUUUGGGCUACCCUCUGGGUUUACACAGGCUUAUGGUCUUAGACAGCCUACUUCUUUUGUGACUACUUCUCCAUCACCUAACUCUUCUAUUGUUGGAAACCAAGGAUUCAGUUUUAAACCACCUACUAAUCUUGGAACUUUUCAGAAUGGUUCUAAUUUUGGAGUUGCUCCUGGAGAAGUUUCAAGUAGUGGCUUUGUGGGAUCAGAAUUCAGUUUUAAAACUCCAGAAAAUGCAGUGUUUAAACCAAUCUUUGGUGCUGGUUCUGAGCCAGAAAAAACACAAAGCCAGCGCAUGCCAACAUCUUUUACAUUUUCCCAUCCGGUUAGUAGUGGGCCUGGAAUACUGGCCCCUUUUGGACUUUCCCAAGACACUAGUAGCUCUAGCACUAGUACAAACUUCAGUUUUUCAAAACCAGCUAGCAGCAGUAAUUUUUCAUCUUCCUUUGCCUCUUCUGUACUAAGCAGAACUGUUGAGGAUGACCAUAAAGGAACAAAGACACUCUUUGGAAGUCCUAGCAGCAGCUUCACUACUUUUCCUAGCUCAUCUUCUGGGUCCUUAGAUUUGGGAGGAAACUUCCAACUCAGUACAGCAACUAAAUCAGAACAUGAUGACGCUCAGAGUGAGCCACUUGACAGCCAUGUUAAAGGAAUGAAAAGAAAAGAAGAACGAGAUCGUUCCCCAAGAGGACGGGAUUAUGAUGUUGCAGAGGAGUCAGAGAUUGCAUCUAGGAAUGAUUAUCCUCCCGAUAAGCGGCCUGUUCGGUUAAACCGGCCACGUGGAGGAGGAGGCUUGUUUAGUCGAACGUUGCAGGAUGUGCUGAAAAGCAAUAAAGACAGUGGACGUGUUAAAAAAGAGCCAAAAAAGGAAAGAUUAUCCAUAGAAUCUGGAGAAAAUGAACAGGUGUUGGGCACAAGUCCAUCUGUGUUUGCAGGACCACGGCUUUCGACCCCAUUAAAGGAGGAAGAAGUGACAGAGCAAAUUGAAGAGAAAACUAAGCAAGAUUCUGCUAUAGUGACCCCUUCACGUCGAAAUCGAAGCAGUGAGAGUGUGGACAGCCUUGGUGGCUUGUCACCAAGUGAACUCACAGCAAUCCAGUGCAAAAAUAUCCCUGACUACCUUAAUGACAGGAAUGUUCUUGAGAAGCAUUUUGGACGGUCAAAAGUCCGGCGCAUCUUUACCAGGCGCAACAAAAAGCUCGCUAUUAUUCAUUUUUUUGAUCAUGCCAGUGCUGCUCAGGCAAGAAAGAGGGCAAAAGGGUUACACAAAGACAUAGUAACGUUUUGGCACAAGAAGAAAACAAAUCAUGGUAAGGGAGAAUUUUUGUCUAAGGAGAAGAAGGCAGAUGAAGAUGAAGGAAGACAAAGCAAUGAAGAACAAAACUAUCAGCAUUCCCCUCUUCGCAAAUCUUUAAUAAGAUCCUCUACCAGUAGCAACCUACCUAGUAAAAGUUCUCCAGCCAAGAAAUCUGCUCUUACAAAGUCGUUGCAAUUUGAGGCAGACCCAUUUGAUUCUGGAUCUGAAGGGCAGAACUCUGAGAGUUUGGUAGUAUCACCAUCCUCUCUCAGUAACCUGAUUGGUUCAGUGGCAGAGACCUCUGAAGACAAAUAUCGCCUUCUGGACCAAAGGGAUAAAAUCAUGCGACAAGCUCGAGUGAAAAGGACCCAUCUGGGCAAAGCUAAAACAUUUGUUGGCACAUGCCCAGACAUGUGUCCUGAAAAAGAACGCUACCUGAGGGAAACAAGGAACCAGCUUAGUAUCUUUGAAGUAGUCCCUGGAACUGACAAGGUGGAUCAUGCUGCUGCAAUAAAGGAAUACAGCAGGUCUUCAGCAGACCAGGAGGAGCCUUUGCCCCAUGAACUGAGACCUUCAGAGGUGUUGAGCAUGACCAUGGACUAUUUAGUUACCCAGAUCAUGGACCAAGGGGAAGGGAAUUACCGAGAGUGGUAUGAUUUUGUUUGGAAUAGGACACGUGGAAUAAGAAAGGAUAUAACACAGCAACAUCUGUGCGACCCUCUAACUGUAUCCUUGAUUGAGAAGUGCACUCGCUUUCAUGUUCAUUGUGCCCAUCACUUGUGUGAGGAGCCCAUGUCCUCCUUUGAUGCCAAGAUCAACAAUGAGAACAUGACGAAAUGUUUGCAGAGCCUGAAGGAGAUGUACCAAGACCUGGCUACUAAGGAUAUUUUCUGCAAGAGUGAAGCAGAGUUCAGAGGCUACAAUGUGCUGCUGAAUCUCAACAAGGGGGAUAUUCUCAGAGAAGUGCAACAGUUUCAUCCUGCUGUUCGAAAUUCAGCUGAGGUUAGAUUUGCAGUUCAAGCCUUUGCUGCAUUAAACAGCAAUAAUUUUGUAAGGUUUUUCAAGUUGGUGCGAAUAGCUUCCUAUCUAAAUGCCUGUAUCUUACACUGUUACUUUAACCAGAUUCGCAGAGAUGCACUAAAGUCUCUUAAUAUUGCCUAUACUGUCAGCACGCAGAGAUCCACUGUCUUUCCUCUGGAUAACUUGGUUCGCAUGCUGCUGUUCAGAGACUGCGAAGAAGCAACUGAUUUUAUAAGUUAUUACGGCUUGAGUGUAUCUGAUGGAUAUGUGGAGCUGAAUCGCUUAGCUUUCCUGGAAUCUGAAGGAUUGCCCAAACCAAGAAAAUCAUUGUUUAUUAAGCAGAAGCUAACUGCAUCUGUUGGAGAAAUUGUAAAUGGAGGAGCAUUACCUCCAGUAACUUGCCAUGUACCUAUCUGUAGCUUCAGUGGGCAGAACAGGUACAUAGGAGCGAGUAUUGCUGGGGAGCCAGCCAGCAGUAUCCAGAAAGCCCAUGCGAACGUGCUAGAAGGAAGGACGGAAGAGAAGGGCAUGGAGCCUGAUGGGACAGUGAUGCAAGUCCAACCUCCAGCUCACCCUUUGCCUCCACUGUUCCCUCGUCCUCCAGCAUCUUUGCCUGCUGCUGUACAGUCCCCCUUUCAGCCUGUUGUGCAGCCUGAGCUUCCACCUUCAGACCCUCUGCCUAGGUACACAGACAUGGACAUUGCAGAAGUGUUGGAAAGUCUGGUGCAUGAAGUUCUCAAAGGAGAGUGCAAAGAAAUUGUCAAGGCAGGAGCAGCAUAUGCAACUGCAGCUGUGUGUGCCUCUGAUGCCACCAUGGAGGAGCUCUUGACUGAAGUGAUGAUGGAGAUUCUCAGGCAAGUCGCAGCAGAUGUGGUCAGUGUAGAAAGAGAGCGAGUCAAAGAGGAAAAACGCAGAGCAGAAGAAGAGAAACAGAAGCAGGAAAGAGAACAGUUGAUAAAACAGUUGAGCCAAUCACUGGGUGCGGAGCUGACAGAAGAAGUACUAAAGGAAGGUAUUCAAGAAAUUUCGGCUAGUGAAUUAAAGUAUGCUUUGGAAAGAGACCGUAAAGCCCGCAUUGCCCGUUGUUCAGAGGAAGUCUGUGCUAAUGUAAUGCAGCUGUUUAUGGAAGAGGAGAUUUUCCAGAGUGCUAAGGAGACCCUCCAAGAGCUCCAGUGUUUCUGCAAAUAUCUGCAGCGAUGGAGGGAAGUGGUAGCGGCGCGGAAGAAGCUGAAGCAUCAAAUGAGGGCGUUUCCAGCAGCUCCCUGUUGUGUGGAUCCAAAAAACAAACUGAAAGCAUUAUCCCCCAGUGCAGAGUGUCCUAUUGCUAAGGAGAACCUAACUAAGAGAAUUGUAAACUUGGGACAUGCAGGACAACUAGGAAUCUCUUGCACCAGGUUAAGGUGGCUAAGAAACAGGACAAAGCAUCAAAUGAGAGUUCAGUACUUUUACCAGCAGUUGUUAUGUGAUGCAGCAUGGACUCCCCUGGAUCUACCUUCACUGAUCAUUGAAAAUAUUCCAUUUCAGCGAGAACACAUAUUUUGGAAGGUGCUCUUGGUGUUGCCAAGUUAUGAAGGAAGUCCAACAGAGGAUUCCAGCAGAGUACUAGCAGACUGGUUGAAAACCAAAUUUAUGGGAGAUAAAAGAUCAGAAGAUAUGAUUUCCAACCCAGAGCAGAGAGUCCAGACACUUUCAUUGUUGAACUCUGUUGGUAUGCAAGGAGAUCGAGCUGUUUGUGUCAACGUGUGUAUAAAGGUGGCCCAUGGUACCCUCAGCGAUUCGCAGCUUGAUGUGGCUGAGGCACAGAAGGAUCUGCUUGGAACUAGUGGUCUAGUUCUCCUGUUGCCCCCUCGAGUGAGAAGUGAAGAUGUGGCUGAGGAGGAUGUUUACUGGCUUUCGGCUUUGCUGCAAUUGAAACAACUCCUUCAGGCGAAGCCUUUCCAUCCAAUUGUACCUCUGAUGGUUCUCGUCCCUACGCGGGGAGAAGAAGCCACAGAGAAGGAAGUAGAAGAGGGUUUGAUGCUGCAGGACUUGAUUUCAGCUCAGCUCAUUUCAGACUACAUUAUUGUUGAGAUUCCAGAGUCUAUUAGUGACUUGCAAGGCACCAACAGGCUCUCCGAGGCAGUGCGAUGGCUGCUCUCCCAGUGCCCCAGCUCUGCAGAGCUCAGCUGCCAGACCCUCCAGCAAUUCAUUGAGGAUGGGCUUAGCCGUGAGUUCAGCGGGCGCUUCUACCAUGACCAAAAGGAGAGACGUUCGGCCGGCCUGGCCUCCCAAGAUCCCAGUGCUAUCAUUGAGCUGUACAACAGUGUACUUCAAUUCCUGUCUGGUGUGGUUUCCUCAGAACAGCUCUGUGACCAGUCCUGGCCUGUCACUGAGUUCGUGGAGUCAGGAGGCAACAAGCUGCUUCCUCACCUCAUGUGGAACACACUGGAACACCUGGGCUGGCUAAGGAAGGCAGUGCUGUCCUUCCAGAUCCCACACAUGGACCUUCCUCCUCAAGGGGCUCCCUGGCAUCCUGUCUGCUCCAUGAUUUUCCAGUAUGUUUCCCAGAUCGCCAGCUCUCCCCAGACCAAGCCGAUACUUCAGUCUCAAGUGGAGAAUUUGCUGAGCAGAACCUAUUGCAAAUGGCAGAGAAGUCUGUUGGCAAGCUCAGGAGAUGAGGGACCUGCAGUUGACGAGAUCCCCUGGGAUGAGAUCUUUGCACUGUGCAUUGAUCAUAAGCUCAGAGACUGGAAACGCCCCCGGCUGCCCGUCAUACCAGAAGCAGUGAGUGAAGAUGGCCAGAUAUAUGUCUAUUUCUUUAAGGAACAUUUAAAAACUUUCACUCUUCCUUUUUCCUGGGAGCAAGCCAGAGUGCAAACUCAGAAAGAGAUCCAGCAGGGAUACAAAAGGUCAAGGAUACGCUCUCCUCAGUCAUUUGCAAAACAUGAUCCCAUUGUGCUGCCUCACAGUGAGCAUGUUGCCAGCCUGGGGGAUCAGAAAAUGAGGAUUCCCAGUACAGUCGAUUUAACACACGUGGCCUCUGCCCAGGAGCUCCUACCAGAGCGCUUGGCUUCUAAUCUGGAGCUGGAGAAGAGAGAGCACCAGAGGUUUGAGGAGCAGCUACACCGGUGGUUAGCAGAAGACACUGAACAGCUCCCAUGCUCCUUGUCUCUUCCCCUCUAUCUUCCUCAGAGCCUGGUCUGUUCACCUCAGGUUAUCCAUCCUCUGAGUGAAACACCUACGAUUGCAUCCUCACAGGCUGGAAGUCAUGAGCAUCUGGUGGAGGAGACUGGCACUUCUCUGUCAGACAGACUGAAACAUUUGCAACGGCUGAUUAGAGCUAACAAGGAGGAGGAGAUUGCCUGUGAGCUCCAUCUAUCUGCCCUGUUGGACAUGGUGGAUGUUUAACUGGGGCCCACAGCAGCAUGUAGAGCAAGAUUUCCCAGGACGUGGGGUCAGACAAUAAAUGUCCCAGGAGCAGGUGCCUAUGCUAAAAACUGUCUCCUCUCUGGAGGAGUAACGGGAACAUACAUUAGACAGACAUGGAGCUUCUACAUCAAUCCCUCCCCCAACAGAGGGAGAUCACUCGCCUACACAGUCCUGUAUUCUUUGCAAGCCCAGGUCUGGAUUUUGUCUGGUGUCCUCUAGCACUAUGAUUCCUUCACACCAAGCUGCUCUGAUCCAUGAGCGGGGAAACUGGUUAUAUCAUGGCAAGUGGUGCUUCAGACUUAGUCUUAAAUUAAUGUUCUAAAUUCCCCUCACUUGUGUCCGUAUCACUGCCCCAGCAGAGAGGGGUAAACGGCUGUUCAGACAUUCAGUGCCAGCUCAGUUUCACAGCUAUAAAUGAACAAAUCAGCUGUCACCCUAUGACUGUCAGACUCCUGGCACCUCGCUUCUGAUAGUAUGGGAAGGCUACUGAGUAAACUGUAGACCAGGAUGACAGAUGACACAGAACAUUUUAGGCCUGGAACUGGAUUUUGGUCUUUGCUGAAAUGAGAACAAGAAAAUUCUGCCAGGAAUAAGAGCUUUUCUGUUGGAAUCAUGCCCUCAAUUUGCUUUUACUAAAUGAACGUUGUCAAGUAUUUUAGGCCUGAAGUCAGUGAGGAUCCUUAGGUAGAAGGGAACAGUGGGACUAAUCUAAACACUGUCCCAAUAUAGGUAGAAGUCACAGGCUGAGCAGUUUUGUAGUUUAUAGAAGCUAUUCUGUUUGGGUUUUUUUCAUUAUGUUGUUGCCUUUUGAGCCUCUUAGCUGCCCACAGAUAUUUGCUUCCUGUUUAAGAAACAGUUGGAGCAUUGUUCUUGUUUUCAAGAAUCCGUAAGCUUCCUGGUCUCUGAAUAAUGCUCUGUAGAAGGGGAUUCUGUCUUUUCUGGAUUAAGUUUUGUUAUGUUGACUGUUUAGGGAGAUAUACUGAAAGAGCUGCUCCCUUGUUAUGUGGAAUAAAAUAUUGCAGAUAGCCAAGUGUAUGUAUUUUUGUUUUUAAAUAACACAGAAGCAUUGAGGAAUUCUUGAGCAGGUGCUGUUUUUCAGCUUCUAACAAGCUUCUUUUUUUGAAAGUUGCAACUUUAUUUUAAAAUAAAAGCAGUAAUAUUAUCUGCAGUAGGUAUUACUACUCGUGGGUGAAUGUGUUCUGUGGCAAUAUUCCAAUGGAAGCAUUUGUUCAUCUAAGGAAAUCAGAUUUUCAGGCUUGGAUUGAUCAGGUAUGGUAAAACACGUUUAUUGACAAGGUUAGCCAGGAGCAGCUUCUCUUUGCCCACCAAUCAGAAUCAGUUGCCUACUUGAACAUGUUUAUUUAAAAUUCUGACUAAUCCCCAAGUUCCCACAUUUUGCCCAGUUUCUCUUUUUAAAGUAAAGCUUUUUAUUUAUCCUUAAAAUGUCAAUAGUAAAUGUGGUUUUAUGUUUUAAGUUAAAGAUCUGCUGAUUAAUAUUGGAAUAAGAGGGUUUAAGAAAAGUAAAGGGAGGUUGUGCUUAAAGGCUGUUCUUGCUAGCAAACUCUUUUGCAGAACCAUGCUAGUUUGAGAUGGUUUUUGAGACAGACUAAAAUGGAAAUGAACCCAUCCACAUGCAUUGUGCUCUCAGCAGUGCCUCACUUGUAAUGCUGUGGUUGAUCUGCUUUGCAUUGUUAUUCUUUUAAGACUAUGAAAUGGAAUCAAGAAACUUUGGCACUAUUUUAGAGAUGUUUUCAGCUAUGUACCAAUGUAAUCUUUCUGUUUAUAUAAUAAAUGUUGAGUGGCUUGAA